AUGAAUAGGCAAGAUUAUAUUAACGAGGGUCUGCGACAAUUGAGUUGCACUUCGUUUUAUGAAAAUCUGGACGCCGACCCCACGGAACGAAUUGUUGCGAGCAUCACGAAAGAACUAAAAGCCCUAAAAAGUAAGAAAGAGAUCGACGCGACGCUCUACGAAUACCUUCUUCCCCGAAAUUCCACACCGGGCAGGUUCUACAUGCUGCCAAAGAUUCAUAAAGAAGGAAACCCUGGCAGGCCAAUUGUGUCUUGCAAUGGUACAGCCACAGAAAAGAUAUCCAGCUUUGUAGAUCACGUCCUCAAGGACAUACCCCCACAACUACCGUCCUACAUCAAGGACACUAACCAUUUCCUUCAAAUACUAAAUCAGUGCCAGCCCCCCACAUCAAGUUUCCUAGUUACAUUAGAUGUCUCGUCCCUCUACACUAAUAUUCUCCACGAUGACGGCAUUAUUGCAGUUGAGACAGCUUUUUCUAGAUACGCCGGACACAGUCCUAUCGACCCACUUGCCCUGUCCAAGCUAGUAAACCUAAUCCUUAAAAACAAUAACUUCGAAUUUGACAGUCAGCACUACCUCCAAAUCAGCGGCACGGCUAUGGGCACUAAAAUGGCGCCUACUUAUGCAAAUAUAUUCAUGGGAACUUUGGAAGAAAAAUUUCUGGAAGGACGUGAGCGAAAGCCGGCACUUUACAAACGCUACCUGGAUGAUAUAUUUAUGAUCUGGCCACAUUCAGAAAGGGACCUCAUAGAAUUCAUAAAUGAUCUCAACCAAUUUCAUCCCACUAUUAAGUUCACCCACACGUAUUCAACUGCAACUGUUAACUUCCUAGAUGUUCAGGUAAGACUACAAGACGGAGUUCUAAGCACCGACCUAUUCCGGAAGCCCACUGACUCCCAACAGUAUUUGUCCUUUCACAGCUGUCACCCACGGCAUACAAAGCUUGCCAUCCCUUACAGCCAAGCCCUUCGGUACAGGAAAAUCUGCUCGAACGAUGACGAUCUUGACAGGAAUCUAAAUCAGUUGCAACAAACAUUCGUUGACCGCCAUUUUCCACCGAACCUUGUGAAAGACGCUCUCAACAGGGCCCGCAAAAAUAGAGCGCCAGUCACUAUUCGGUACCCGAAAAAAUAG